AUGGUGAAAACCUGCAGUGUAGACAAGUGUGCAAACCAGUUUGACCGGUCAAAGAAAAUAAGUUUUUUUCGGUUCCCAAAAGAUAAGCGGAAGCGGAAGACAUGGAUAAAAGCACUUAACAGGGAUGGUUGGGUUCCUAACGAAAGUUCGUGGAUAUGUUCCGUGCAUUUUAUCGACGGCUGGCACGGAUAUGACCCUGCUGACGAGAAUUACGCUCCGACAAUUUUCAAAUACAAGGUGGUUAAACAAUCAGACAUCAACAUAUCAAGAGAGACAAGAAAGCUGGCUAGAGAUGAAUCCAAGGAAAGCCAAUAUUUGAAAACAAAACAAAUACAGCUGGAGGAGGUAAAAAAGAAAGUGUCUUUAGCCAUGCACAGAGGGUACUGUAAGCCUGUCCCAGAACCUGAAGCUGAGGCUGAGGUUCAAGAAGAGGAUGACACAGAUGUUAAUGUUCUUGUUGACACUGGUGUCCAAUGUGAUGAAGACCCUCUUCUCUUGGAGAAUAGGCGACUCCAGGAGGAAGUAAGAUUACUAAAAGAGGAGGUACGCCAGCUCAAAUGGGGAGUAGGCAAAAUAAAGGACAAUGACACACGGACCCGAUUUUACACUGGUCUCCCAACAUUUGCCGUUUUCUUGUGGCUGUACAAUUACUUAUCAUCCAAAAGCUCCCGUUUGACAUAUUGGAGGGGAGAUGUCAACACUCCAACCAAGGACAGGAUGAGGGUAUCAGUCCCUAUGAUAACUACUAUUGAUCAACUGUUAGCUGUGCUGAUGAGGCUGAGACUAGGUCUUUCUGUUCAGGAUCUGGCUGACAGAUUUAACAUAUCUUCAGCAACAUUUUCUUCCUACUUUACUACAUGGAUAAGUUUGCUCCAUGCUGAACUGAAAUUUCUCAACCCCUUUCCAAGUCGAGAUAUUAUAAAACGUACAAUGCCAUCAUGUUUCAAAGAAAAAUAUCCUUCAACUAGAGUUAUUCUAGAUUGUACAGAAAUUUACAUUCAGAGAUCUUGUAGCUUAGUUAAUCAAAGUCUCACAUUCUCAAAUUACAAACACCACAACACCCUGAAGUUUCUUGUAGGUAUUAGUCCUUCUGGUGUCAUAACAUUUAUAUCAGAAGCCUGGGGAGGCAGAGUUUCAGACCGUAAAUUAACAGAGGACUCUGGUAUUCUGGAUCUUUUGGAGCCCUUCGACAGUGUUAUGGCAGACAAAGGAUUUACUAUAGGGGACCUGUUAGAAAAACGCCAGUGUUAUCUAAAUAUUCCACCAUUUCGAGGAAACUCUAACCAGUUUUCUACAACAGAGGUUUUUCAGACUCAGGAAAUAGCACAGCUUAGAAUACAUGUUGAAAGAAGUAUUGGCCGUGUCAAGAAUUUUCAUAUAUUGGAAGGAGUGCUACCCCUUUCUCUUGCCCCACUAGCUUCAAAAAUUGUUCAAGUCUGUUGCUGGCUUACAAACUUUGAUACCCCUCUUGUAGAAGAUAAAUGUUAACAGUUUGUACAGUUUAUGAACUUGUGCCACACUAUUCUUAAAAUUAUAAAUAUGCACUUGGGGUCUUUUUGUCUCCAAUAAAAUGACAUUUUGAAACAUGACCAAUACUUCAUUGAACAGAAACUUACAGCUGAUACACCUUAACUUCUUUCAGUCACUGGUUCCAUAUAGAAAUAUGGUAAAGGUUCUAGUUAUAAUGGAACGUAAAAGGAGUGGAAAAAAGCACGACCAGACAUGGGUUCGA